GUAUAAAAUUAGAACUAGAUCUUACUUAGAUGACAUAUAAUUAAGGUAUUAAAUUUAUUUAAAUCAUUGUCACUUUGAAAAAAGUCGUGUUAUAAGUGAUGACUGCGAGUUGUGGUGCACGGAGAUUUCCCUCAACUCCCCCACCUGAUUAUAAAUUCAACAAUCUCAUCGUAGAUCUCAGCAAGAACAUUACUUCUCUAGAACUUGUCGAACUUAAGGAACGAUUCAAAGAAAUAAUUCCUCACGAUGUUAGGACUCCACGAGCUAUGUUUGAUGCACUUCGCACGGCAGGAUACGUAGACGGUCAUAACAUACUUUACAUUCAGCAAAUUCUCCGUGCACUUGGCAGAGAAGAUCUUCUUGAAAUUGCAGCAAAAUACAUCAAACUCUUCGAGGAAGACGAAAUUCUGCAUUUCUUUCAGAAAACAACACAUUUAGCUGAAGGCUGUAGCAUUGUGGAGUUCCACGUUGUUGGCCAUAACCUUUCAAAUAGAAGAGAUCUGGAAGCCUUUCGAAAAGAAGUUUCUACCAUACUGUUGGUUCCGAUUCAUGAAGUGAUCGUCAAAGGAGUACAGGAAACUAGUAGCACACUUAUUACCUUGAUGCUUCCCGAAAUAUUUGUCCUGUUUCUUAAACAUCAACUGGAUAAAAACAAGCAAUAUAUGAUAGAAUCACUAAUUAGGCAAGGCGUGGACGAAGUUCUUUUCUCAACACAUGACUUUAAGCUUAAGAGAGAGGGUACAUACUUCUUGGCAGAGAAGACUCAGAGACCUUAUGUGCAGAAUGGCGUGGGACAGUCACAUCAGAGCAUAUCAAAAAGACUGGCAUCUAAGCCACGAUCCCAGCAAGCCGUGAAAAAGAAAAGGAUUUAUAAGAAAGGAUGGGAUGCGUCCAAAGACACCCUUUGAUAGGUUUUAGUAUCUGGCAGACAUCGUUUGCAACAGUUAUGACUUUAUUAAAGAAAGUCAGUAACUCGCAAUGGAUUUUCUUAUGUGACAUAAAUGUAUAUUAUCAAAAACGAAUUAAUGAACAGAGUGUAUACAGAGGAAGGAAAGACAGAGAAAAACAACACAUCAUGAAUAAAUAUAUAUAGACAAUUAUGUUACACCUUUAUUUUGUUUUUGUUGGGUUUAACGUCACACCGACACAAUUAUAUGUCAUAUCGCGACUUUACACUUUUAUUUGUGUAGAGGGUGAACGUCGGUAUAAAAAAUACUAAAUAUUUUUCAUAAAGACGUAUACUGAAUAAGAAUAGCAAUAUGGUAUUGCACACAUACAUACAUGAAGUAUGUAUUUAUAGAGUUUUGUAUGAGGGCUUUUCAAAAAGCACAAGGAAAAGUGCUAUAAUAUCUUUAUUCUUGGUGCUUUUAUUCUAAAAUUUUAAAAUAUGAUUGAUAAGAACAUAUCAGAUGUGAAUAUUUGUAUAGCAGCUUUCAAACCAUGCACAUUAUUUCAUAAGUAAUAAAUACCAAUCGUGAUUACAAAUGGUCAUGUGUUUUCUGCCAUUAAAUAAAUUUCCUACAACUUUCUACGAACAGAUCAAUACUGUUCAUAUUAUGAUACUAUCGUUUUAAUGAAACGGGACAUUUAACUGUGAUGCACCAAUCCUUAUAAAGCAGCUCUGAAAUUUUCAAAAGUGACCGAACGCUAUUGUUUUUUGACGUCUUGACUACGAGUCGUCAGCAUUAUUUUCCUGACCUUUUUUAAACCUAUCGUACCACUAAUAAGUGUUGUUUUCUUCACGGCAUUGACUUUUAAAUUUUAUGCAGCAUAGCAUUUGUCUUUUUCUUUGUUUCAUUGAUGUCACAUUUAUAAUUUAAAUUUAUAAGCUUUAUGCUUACAUUUUAGUUAAUAUUCGCCUGAGUUAAAAACAAAGGUAGCUUGAAAAAGUAAUUAAAUAUGCAAGUAAUGUUUUAGCGAAUGCAUACUAGAAAAAGACAUACAACUGGCCGGAUGACAUGAUAUGACGUUACCAUGGGGACUAAGAUUUACUAAUUAAAUGUGAUUUUGAAUUAUCAAGUAAGUAUUCCCUAAUCUACAUCUUUAAUAUUUUCAUUGAUGUUUGAUGUUACAUGUAGAAAUGAAAGCACUUUUCCGGGUAUUUAUUGAACACCCCUCGUACUCUAUUGUACAUUGACGUAUAAUAGGGUUUUAUUAUAGUAGCUCGAUCUGGGAUGCUGUAUUCGGCUCGAGUCGAUUUUUUUCAGAUCGGAUCUCACGAAGCGUGCAAGCGCCGUGUGUGAUCCGAUCUUGUAAAAUCCACGAGAGUCGAAUACAAAAUCCCAGAUCUGGCUACUGUUAUAAUGACUCUUUUAUUAUACACCUCAUCCUUUUGUUUGUACAAAAUUUUCAAUUUUUAUCGAUGUUAAAAUGGAAAUUCUUUAUAUAUUAGGGGCCUCCGUAGCCGAGUGGUUAAGGUCGCUGACUUCAAAUUAUUUGCCCUCAUCGAUGUGGGUCCGCCGAGCGAGCCUCACUCCGGCGUUGAAUUUUUCAUGUGAGGAAGCCAUCCAGCUGGUUUACGGAAGGUCGGCGGUUCUACCCAGGUGCCCGCUCGUACUGAAAUAAAUUGCACGUAGGGGCACCCUGGGUCUUCCUCCACCAUCAAAGCUGGAAAGUCGCCGUACACCUAUGAAUGUGUCGGUGUGACGUUGGUAAAUUGGUAAGGGUUUUUUUCAUAUUCAAAAUUAAUUGUAAUAUAAAGUAAUCAUUGUUGUCAUUUAAUACUUUUUCUGCGGUGAUUUAUUAAAUGUAAUUUUUGAACGUUUGUAUGAAUCCUGUUUAGUAUAAAUUUCUUGUACGUUUUUUUUUUUUUUUUUAAUUUCUGUUUCUUGUACGUAUGUUUGAAUGCACGAUUUUCUGAAAAAUAAAUGAUAG